AUGCAGCGCCUUCGCCUUCCCAUCAACAACAUCCUUCAGCGCCCGCGUCAACUUUUUCCCCUCACAACACUUAUCACACAACAGUCUAUCCCUUCUCUUCCUCUCUUUCUGAUGGACGGCGGAUCAAGACGUCGCGGCGGUCGCGGCGGCAACCGUCGAGGUUUCAGUUCUCGUGGCGGCGGCGGUGGUGGUCGCUCAAACCAGCCGCGCAACAACCAGCCUCGUAACCCCAAGAUCAAGACCGAGAAUGAGGAUGUCGAGAUGGCUUCGCCCUCACCUGCGCCUGCGCCUGCGCCGCCUCUCACCGAAGAGCCGACCUCGCGUCGCUUCGACAGCUUGUUGGAGAACAACAAGGUCAACCCUCUCAUCGUGCGCACCAUCACCAACGACAUGAAGUUUGAGUUCAUGACGCCCGUCCAAGCCGCGACCAUGGAUGAGCUUCUGCCCCCGAACCGCAGCGACUGUCUCGUCCAGGCGCGUACCGGCACCGGCAAGACCAUGGCGUUCUUGAUUCCUGCGCUGCAGACUAUGAUUAACCAGAACAGAGCUGCUGGCGAUGGCAUCUCGCUACUUGUCAUUUCACCAACUCGUGAGCUCGCGCUCCAGAUCUCCGCAGAGGCAAAGAAGGUUCUUCAAGGACUCCCUAAGUAUCGCGUUCAGGUUGCUAUCGGAGGAACGAACAAGGAUCGUGAGGAGAGAGCCAUUCUCGCUGGUUGUGAGAUUCUCAUCGCUACACCUGGUCGUCUUCUGGAUCACAUGUCCAACGAGGAUAUUGUGUACAGCAUGCGUAAACUCAACACUCUUGUUCUCGACGAGGCCGACCGUCUUCUCGACAUGGGCUUCAUGAAGGAUCUGCGUGACAUUGUCGGCCGUCUUCCCGACAAGACAAAGUCCGACCGACAAGGCAUGCUGUUCUCCGCCACCAUCGCUCCCCACGUUGAGCAAGUCGCUGGUCUCGUUCUCUCACCCGGCUACAAGUUUAUCUCGACCAUUCCUGCUGGUGAAGCCAAUACUCACGAGCGCGUUCCCCAAUUCCUCGUUCAGGUUCCUACCUUUGGUGACGUUGCACCCGCCAUGGUUGGCUGUAUCCGUGAGGAAGCUACAAGCAGCCAGACUUUCAAGGCGAUUCUUUUCGCACCGACCGCUGCCAUCGCUGAUUUCUACGGACGUCUUUUGGAGGAUCUUCCCGGCCUUCCCCCAGUUUCGAUCCUGCACAGCCGCAUGAGCCAGAACAAGCGCACGAAAAUCACCAACGACUACCGAACUGCUCGCAACGCUAUUCUCGUGGCUACCGACGUCGUCGCCCGUGGAAUGGACUUCCCCGGCGUCACCACCGUCAUCCAAGUCGGUAUGCCCGCCGACAAGCAGAGCUACAUCCACCGCCUCGGCCGAACUGCACGAGCCGAUGCUGAAGGUCGCGGAAUCCUCAUCGUCUCCGACGCAGAGGGUUUCUUCCCCAAGUACUCCCUCAAAGAAAUCAACCUCCUCCCCCGCGAAGCCGAUCUCUCACCGAGCAGCGACGUCAUCUCAGUCGCCGAGAAGAUGGAGGACGACGAGAAAUCCCGUGUUUACCAAGCUUGGCUGGGCUACUACAACAGCCACAUGAAGUCUCUCCGCUGGGACAAGGAGGAGCUCGUCCGACAAGCCAACGUUUACGCGCGCGAGGGUCUGGGAUCGCCUGAUGUGCCUACUAUUCAGAAGAGCACGGCUAGCAAGAUGGGACUGAGAGGUGUGCGGGGUUUGAACACGGUUGCUGAUCGGCCUCGUCAGAAACAUGGUGCUCCUGGUGGACAUGGGGAUAAUGGACGCGGAAAGCGAGGACGCAACUAG